AUGGCGAACGAAGGCGAACGGUCAACUUCCGCUGACAAGGGCAAGGGCAAGGUUGAUGAUGUUCGCGAGCUGAAUGGCAAGAAGCCUCAGAAGGAGAAGAACACUGUUGAGGGUAAGAAGAAUGAUGAUGAACCCCAGGAAGAAGAACUCAAUGAGGAAGAUCAGCAAUUGAAAAAUGAGCUGGAGAUGCUUGUUGAGCGACUAAAGGAACCGGACACCACCCUUUACGGACCCGCCUUGGAUGCCAUCAAGAACUUUAUCAAGACCUCAACUUCAUCCAUGACCGCAGUUCCAAAGCCCCUGAAAUUCCUCCGACCACACUACGAUGAUCUCGCAGAGCUCUACGAAAACUGGGCAGCAGGCACAAACAAGGACUCGCUAGCCGAUAUGUUGUCCGUUCUUGGUAUGACCUAUGGAGACGAGAAUAAGCCGGAGACGCUCAAAUAUCGCCUUUUGGCCAAGUCCGAAGAUCUUGGCUCAUGGGGCCACGAAUACGUUAGGCAUUUGGCUCUGGAGACUGGACAAGAGUAUCAGCGCCGGUUAAAUGCAGAGAGUGAGACACAGGACCUGGUAGACCUUGCACUGUCCCUGGUGCCUUACUUCUUGAGCCACAACGCCGAAGCAGAUGCCGUCGAUCUUAUGAGUGAAAUGGAGAUUAUUGAGGAGCUUCCUGGUUUUGUCGAUGAGAACACUUAUGCUCGUGUUUGCUUGUAUAUGGUCAGCAUGGUCAACUUACUCACUUACCCCGAAGACCAGCAGUUCCUCACGACAGCUCACGAGAUUUAUGUUCGCUACAACAAACUCUCCCAGGCCAUCGUCCUCGCUAUUCGUUUGAACGACAUUGGACUUAUUAAGAGUGACAUCAAUGCUACAACUGAUAAGGCUCUUAAGAAGCAAAUGGCCUUCCUUGUCGCGCGGCAACAGAUCUGGCUUGACUUGCCAUCCGAUGGUGAAGAAGACGAGGCUCUUGCAGAUUGUCUCAACAACAUUUCCAUCCCGAAGCAUUUCAAGUCUCUUGGUAAGGAACUUAACAUUCUGGACCCCAAGAUGCCCGAAGAUAUCUACAAGACACAUCUGGAAACCAGCCGUGGGGCGGGUCUCGCCAACCUCGAUUCGGCUCGGCACAAUCUGGCUAGCGCUUUUGUGAACUCUUUUACAAACGCCGGCUUUGGCAACGAUAAGAUGAUGCUUGUGGAGGGCGAGAAGGGUCCUUGGGUAUGGAAGACGAAGGAUGACGGUAUGCUAUCAACAACCGCAUCGCUGGGCAUGCUUCUCCACCGGGACGUUGAAAUUGGCUUGGACAAGAUUGACAAGUUUACCUACGCAUCAGAGGACCAGGUCAAGGCUGGUGCUCUGCUUGCAAUUGGUAUCCUAAACUCUGGUGUUCGACUUGACUCUGAUCCGGCUCUCGCUCUCUUGAGUGACCCUGAUAACCUUGAUGCUAAGACUGUACCAAUGCGUGUUGCAUCCAUCAUGGGUCUUGGUCUCGCCUACGCGGGAUCUAACAAGGAGGAACUCCUCGAUGUCCUUCUCCCCAUUGUAGAAGAUACUUCUCUUGAUAUGCAGCUAUCUGCAAUGGCUGCUGUUUCGCUGGGUCUUAUCUUCGUUGGCUCAUCAAAUCACCAAGUCAGUGAGGCGAUUGCGACAACAUUGAUGGAUGAGGAUCGCCAGAAGCAGCUUAAGGAUAAAUGGACACGGUUCAUGGCCCUUGGUCUCGCCCUACUCUACUUUGGCCGACAGGAGGAGGUUGAUGUUAUUCUCGACAUUCUGAAGGCGGUCGACCACCCCAUGGCCAAACCCACUUCCGUCCUUGCCUCUGUUUGUGCUUGGGCUGGAACUGGUACUGUUCUCAAGUUGCAGGAGCUCCUACAUAUCUGCAACGACAUUAUUGAGGAAAAGGAGGAAAAUAAAGGCGAUGAAUUGGUUCAGUCAUAUGCUGUUCUAGGAUUGUCACUCAUUGCUAUGGGUGAGGAUGUUGGCCAAGAUAUGAUUCUCCGUCAAUUUGGUCACCUCAUGCACUAUGGCUCUAGCAACAUCCGCCGAGCUGUGCCCCUCGCUAUGGGUCUGGUUAGCGCUAGUAACCCCCAAAUGAAGGUUUAUGACACCCUGUCACGAUACAGCCACGACAACGACAACGAUGUCGCAAUUAAUGCCAUCUUUGCCAUGGGUCUUUGUGGUGCGGGCACCAACAACGCUCGUCUAGCACAACUCCUACGGCAACUGGCAAGCUAUUACCACCGUGACCAGAACACUCUGUUCAUGGUCCGCAUUGCCCAGGGUUUACUGCACAUGGGCAAGGGCACAAUGACUCUCAGCCCCUUCCACACUGACCGACAGGUUCUAUCUCGUGUGUCGGCUGCUGGUCUCCUUACUGUUUUGGUAUCUCUCAUUGAUGCCAAGCAGUUCAUUCUUGCCGAGCAUCACUACCUGCUAUACUUCCUUAUCACCGCCAUGUUCCCUAGAUUCCUCGUUACUCUUGACGAAGACUUGCAACCCCUCAGUGUCAACGUUCGCGUGGGUCAGGCCGUUGAUGUAGUUGGCCAGGCCGGUCGUCCAAAGACGAUCACUGGAUGGCAGACUCAGAGCACUCCAGUUCUGCUUUCUCACGGCGAGAGAGCCGAACUGGAAGACGAGCAAUACAUUCCACUCAGCAGCAUACUUGAGGGUUUGGUAAUUUUGCGCAAGAACCCCGACUGGGAGAGCUCCGAAUAA